CUAUGGUUGUAACUGUGCGCCAUCACGAGUCUUAAGGUCCAUUCCCGUGAGCUUGAAACAACAUAAUUCCGUCCACAGAACAUGAAUCCGCCACCUUUUUUGUUUAACAUACAAUAUUCAUUAAAAUAACAACAACAAGUCACAACUUCCAACCUACCUUUGCUUUAUUUUUUUUUUGAUCGCCACCAUCCAAACCAUAAUCUACGACACCCCAUUUCCCUUUCUUUUCAAAGUCGCUUCUUUUUUCAGAAAACUUGUUCGAUUGUGAAUUUGUAAUAAGAAAUUGUUCAAAGAGAAUUGGCUAAAUAACAUAAUAGAUUGGGGAAAAUUCUUGGUGGAGGAAAAUCUAUCAAUAAUAAUUCCAAAUGGCUUCGUCCACUCUCAUCUGUGACACUCAGCCAUGGAAGGAGUUAAAGGACCAUGUCGAGGAUGUAAAAAAGUCUCAUUUACGUGAUUUAUUGAGCGAUGAUGAGAGAUCCCGGUCAAUGGUGGUUGAAUUUGAUGGAAUUCUAUUGGACUACUCAAGGCAGCAAGCCACUCUUGAAACAAGGGAAAAACUCCUCAAAUUGGCAGAGGUUGCAUCCCUCAAACAAAAGAUAAAUCAGAUGUACAAUGGGGAACAUAUAAACAGCACUGAAAAUAGAUCGGUACUUCAUGUAGCUCUUCGUGCUCCAAGAGAUUCUGUUAUACAGAGUGAUGGGAAGAAUGUUGUCCCAGAUGUUUGGAAUGUCCUAGACAAGAUCCGAGAGUUCUCUGAGCAGAUCCGCAGUGGAUCUUGGGUUGGAGCUACAGGAAAGGAACUAAAGGAUGUUGUUGCCAUUGGUAUUGGUGGCAGUUUCUUAGGACCAUUAUUUGUGCACACUGCUCUUCAAACAGAUCCUGAAGCAUUUGAAUCUGCAAGAGGACGUCAGCUGCGGUUUCUGGCAAACGUUGAUCCAAUUGAUGUUGCUAGAAAUAUCACAGGAUUAAAUCCUGAAACAACCCUAGUGGUAAUUGUUUCGAAGACUUUUACGACUGCUGAAACCAUGUUGAAUGCCCGAACCCUCAGGGAAUGGAUUUCGUCUGCUCUAGGGCCUUCAGCAGUUGCAAAACAUAUGGUGGCAGUCAGUACCAAUCUCACACUUGUGGAAAAGUUUGGUAUUGAUCCUAAUAAUACUUUUGCAUUUUGGGACUGGGUUGGUGGCCGAUAUAGUGUCUGCAGUGCUGUUGGAGUAUUGCCUUUAUCCCUACAAUAUGGUUUCUCAGUAAUUGAGAAGUUUUUAAAGGGAGCUUCCAGCAUUGAUCAACAUAUGUAUUCAGAACCAUUUGAAAGAAAUCUACCUGUGCUUUUGGGACUGUUGAGUGUAUGGAAUGUCUCAUUUCUUGGAUAUCCUGCCCGAGCUAUCUUACCUUAUUCUCAAGCCCUGGAGAAGUUUGCCCCACACAUUCAACAGGUUAGCAUGGAAAGUAAUGGCAAGGGUGUUUCAAUUGAUGGUGUCCCACUACCAUUUGAGGCUGGUGAAAUUGAUUUUGGUGAACCAGGAACAAAUGGGCAGCACAGUUUUUAUCAACUUAUACACCAGGGACGUAUUAUUCCUUGUGACUUUAUCGGAGUUGUGAAAAGCCAGCAACCUGUAUACUUGAAAGAUGAGGUGGUGAGCAACCAUGAUGAGUUAAUGUCAAAUUUUUUCGCACAACCAGAUGCCCUUGCCUAUGGGAAGACCCCUGAACAAUUGCAAAAGGAGAAUGUUCCUUCACAUCUUGUGCCACACAAGACAUUCUCAGGCAAUCGGCCUUCUCUCAGCCUUCUGCUUCCAUCAUUGAAUGCUUAUAAUAUUGGACAGUUGUUGGCAAUCUAUGAACACAGAAUUGCUGUAGAAGGUUUUAUUUGGGGAAUCAAUUCUUUUGACCAGUGGGGAGUGGAGCUUGGGAAGUCAUUAGCCACUCAAGUAAGAAAGCAACUAAAUGCAUCUCGCACAAAAGGAGAACCAGUUCAAGGCUUUAAUUCAAGUACUACUGCUUUGUUGACAAGAUACCUUCAGGCAAGUGCGGAUGUCCCAGCUGAUCUUCCAACUCGUUUACCUCAGAUAUAACUGCCUUUUUGAGGAAUGUUAUUUUUCAUACUGAAAUUGGAUCAAACUCGUCUUACCCAUCUCACUCAUAUAAGCUGUUAUAUAGCAUCCUUCAAACUUUUGCUCCUGGGCUGCUACUUAUUGGGUACUUCUAGCAUGUUACAAUCAUUCUUCACUUUUGUUGUGAAAUGUUGUCAUGAAGAAAACCAUAACUCAAUAUUUUCUCUUUUAUUUUUUUGGGAUUUUGGAAGUCAUUAUUUUGAAUUAUCAAAGCAUUAGUUUGUCAGAAGAUAAUCAUAACUUAGCUACGAUUUCAAUCUUGACUAAAAGAGUGUGACAGAGA